AUGCGUGCAUCGGCCUCUGAAUGUACAUUCGUAAGAAGAGCUUCCAUAGUGAGCGGAGCCACUGCACCAGACAAACCAGUAGGAGGUGACAAUGAUGAUGACUCACUGAGGCUGGCACAUGUACAAGAUACAGUUUCUAAAACACUUCCAUGUGAAGUCUCAGUGGUCGCUCCGAUUGACAUAUUAGCCCUAGUUGCUUCAAAUGAUCUCAUUCCAGCGCUUUCAGUUGUUACUUCAAUGGUGAUCAAGCGAUGUCUUAGUGUUACUUCGUGGGAGAAACUCAUCGACCGUGAAUAUUCUUCAGUUGGACCAGCUGUGGCAACUGAGCCUGCCCAGUCCCGCUGUGCUGGUAAUGAACAGGAAGAGAACGUUCAGGCGGCAGAUGAAAGUGAUCUCAAAAGUCCGAUCUGUACUACCUUGGAUGAUUUCAAAUCGUUCAAAAAGUGGGCCUCGACAACCCAAUUCAAGACGGUCGUGGAAACCUGGGACAAAGACGCGACCAAAUACAAGGUUGGGGAGCUAGUGGAGACUUGCAGUAGUCUGGACGACUAUGCUGAAUAUGCAUUCGUUAUCCGCGAACGUAAUGUCACGACUUACAUAGACAUCAAAUCUGAACGGCUGCGCGACAUCCUGCGGGUAGUACUGCACGACAUCAAAGCUAUCAGCCUGAUGGAGGACAAGCCAUCGAUCGACCGAAAUAUCCUUUUCCAUUUCCUCCCAGAGCUCGACAAAUACGCGGAGAAUAUGAACAGCUCAGACUGCGCGUUCCCGCGGCAGUGUCUCUGCUUGCUCAUCCACCACCUCAAGGAAGCCUAUUCAGCUACCUCGCAACGUCUCGAGUCAAUCUUACAGCACGGUCAUAUUACUUAUGACCUUCUUUUGGCGCUUUUCAAACCGGGUUGCCAGGUGUAUACUACAUGCUUGGGUACAAAAGAGCCGCGAUGUGUUAUAUUCGACGCAGGGGAAGAGAUAACACAAAAUGACGAGACGUGA